GGCACCUUUACCCGAGGCGGCUGAGCGUGGCAGAGGAGAGAGGGCGCGCGCGCAUCAGAGCUUCCUCUCCGCCUCUGCGUCUAGCACUCCCAGAUAGCAGCAGAAGCAGAUGAGACCCGCAGAGCUGCGAACGCGCUCUGCCACCGCGAGCACGGCGUAACACUUCACGACCCCACGCGCGCACCCAGACACACACUCACACACACACACACGCACGCACGCACACGCACUCGAACCCGACAGCAGCCCGGAGAGGGUGAGCAACAGCCUUUCUGGCGUUGACGCCGCAGCCCCUGCGGUCCUUCACCUGCCCUCCACCGCGCCCCCCAGAUCGCUCCGUGCCUCCUGACUUCCCGCCUGCCUCGCGCGCCUCUUUUCGGCGGCGACUAAGUGGAGACACCAUGGGGAAGGAGCCGCUGGGUAAAAAAGAGGGAUGCGACUGCAAGCGAUUCCUGAAGAACAACUGGCUGCUUCUCAGCACCAUCCUAGCCGUGGUUCUGGGCAUAGGACUAGGACUUGCUGUUCGGGAAUAUGGAAAGCUCUCCAAUCUGGACAAAUUUUACUUUGCAUUUCCUGGAGAAGUUCUGAUGAGAAUGCUCAAACUCAUCAUAUUGCCAUUAAUUAUAUCAAGCAUGAUAACAGGUGUUGCUGCACUGGACUCCAGUGUUUCUGGAAAGAUUGGCCUGCGAGCAGUUGUGUACUACUUCUUCACUACUGCCUCAGCUGUAAUUUUAGGGAUUGUAUUGGUUGUGACUAUCAAACCAGGAGUAUCUCAGAAAGCUGAUGAAAUUGACAGAGUGGGUAGCACACCGGAAGUGACUACAGUGGAUGCUAUGUUAGACUUGAUUAGAAAUAUGUUCCCAGAAAAUCUUGUACAGGCCUGCUUUCAACAGUAUAAGACCAAACGCGAAGAAAUAAAAAACCCAAAUGGAGAUAAAAAUGGAACUUUUCCUACAGAUGAACCAAUCACAGCUAUAAUGCCAACGGAGACUUCGCAGAACAAAACUAAAGAAUACAAAAUAGUGGGCAUGUAUUCUGAUGGCAUUAAUGUGCUCGGAUUGAUAGUCUUUUGUCUUGUCUUCGGAAUUGUUAUUGGGAAAAUGGGAGAAAAAGGACAAGUGCUGGUGGACUUUUUCAAUGCCCUGAAUGAUGCCACAAUGUAUAUAGUUCAGAUAAUUAUGUGGUAUAUGCCUUUAGGCAUUUUGUUUUUGAUUGCUGGAAAGAUAAUAGAAGUUGAAGACUGGGAGAUUUUUCGCAAAUUAGGUCUUUAUAUGGCUACUGUAUUGAGUGGACUUGCAAUCCAUUCUGUUGUAAUUCUACCUCUAAUAUACUUAAUCAUAGUCCGGAAAAAUCCAUUUAAGUUUGCCAUAGGUAUGGCUCAAGCACUUUUGACAGCACUCAUGAUUUCUUCCAGUUCAGCCACUUUACCCGUAACUUUUCGCUGUGCAGAAGAAAAAAACCAUGUUGACAAGAGAAUUACUCGAUUUGUUUUACCAGUUGGAGCAACAAUAAACAUGGAUGGGACCGCACUGUAUGAAGCAGUGGCUGCUGUUUUUAUUGCACAGCUUAAUGACUUAGAGCUAGACAUUGGCCAAAUAGUGACAAUUAGUGUGACAGCAACAGCCGCCAGCAUUGGAGCAGCAGGGGUACCACAGGCUGGCCUGGUUACCAUGGUGAUUGUGCUGAGUGCAGUGGGAUUGCCAGCUGAAGAUGUUACCCUCAUUAUUGCAGUGGACUGGCUUCUGGAUCGAUUCAGAACAAUGGUAAAUGUUCUUGGUGAUGCCUUUGGAACUGGCGUUGUGGAGAAACUCUCCAAAACGGAACUGGAGCAGACAGACACCAUCUCUGAAGUUAACAUAGCGAAUCCUUUUGCUUUGGAAACAACAGUGCUUGACAGUGAGGAAAAAGAGACAAAGAAAUCCUAUGUGAAUGGAGCUUUUGCCGUGGAUAAGUCUGACACCAUAUCGUUCACCCAGACAUCACAGUUCUGAAGUUGAUUGACUGAUGGGGGGCCACACUGGAUUAAAGGACAUGAGAGACCCUAAGUCAAUCCAUCUCUUGGACUCAUCACACUGUUGAUUCCUCAUGCUGUUCUUUGUCUUCUGCCUGUAUUCCUACAGGCAUACAGAGAGAAGGGGAAAAAAAUCUCUCACAAGCUCUGUCUCCCUAGCCACUCAGAAACAGAAAACACAGCUAUUCUGUUCCUCCUGUUGUACAGGCUGUCCAAACCAUAUUUCCCCACACCUGAGAACAUGGCCUCUUUCUUCCCAGUCAUUCGAUGAGGGGCAGCCAGCAUGUUCAGAGCUGUGGAGAUUUCUUCAGGAUCUCCAAUACAGAAAUAUAGGUAUAUUCUCAAGCCUAGUUAUGUUCUCAGAAAAAUUUGUACUAUCAUAGUAGAGAAUGUACAGUAGCAGUCUAAGAUUCUCCAGCAGCACCUGUGUAAGAUUCUGAAAUGAAAUCUUUUAGCAAGGUUCAGAGGAUAAAUGUAUUCCUUUGAGAUAGACACUCCAGAUUUUCUUUGGCUCGUAGCUGUUGCUGCAUUUGGUCAUUGUGGGCAGAUAUAUGAAAAAGACAGGUUAUAAAAAUAUGUAUCUUUUAAACAGCUGUGUCAUAUUUCUAAGGAUUCUAGAUGUCUGCUUACAAUGACCAUACCCAGAAGUCGGAACAAUGAGCUGGAGACAAGCUAUUUAUGAGGAAUAAAACAGUAUUUCCAGAUAAGCAAUUCCAUGCAUGGAAUUAUUUUUUAAAAAGAUAUCCUUAUUAUUCUUAUGUUUCAGUUGCUACUGAGACAUUUCUCUUCAAACUGAUUCUGUGCAAAAUAUCUAUUCCGAUAGCUAAUUACCUAUUUAAACUAUUAAACUAUUAAAAAGAAGGAUAGUUCUGGAGUAAGUGUGAAGUUUUUGAAAAUGUAUGUGUAUUUUUAAACAUAAAUUAUUGUUGAAAUUGGAAAUUAUUACUUGAGAACUUCAUAUUUUCAUUUCCAUUAUAAAUUAUACUUAUGACAUAGUGGAACUUCUUGAGCUAAGCCAAUCACAACAGCUUUGCAGCAAAUGAAACUCUAAUAAUUUAGUUUUUGUGUCCUGGCUUCAGCGAAGGGAGAAAAUGUUCAUGCAACUGGCAAGCAAAGUGCAGGCAUAAUGGGGGCGCUUGGGGGCAAGGCUUGCAGAGGUGCUGGGUAGAAAUACACACACCAUGGCAGGAGGGGAGUGUUUUAGGAGCAAUACAUUUGCAGUGAGGCUUGUAAGAACAUCAGGAAGGCUUGUCUGGAGAGAUGGCAACAAACAGAUAGGGGGAGGCGACAGAAGAGGAGUUGCAAAAGCAGGACAAAGAGCGUGUGUGUGCACGACAGUUUACUAGAGGCUGAGGAAAAGACAUAAUCCUAGCAGACAGUCUGUAAUCCAAUACCACACGAUAGCUUGAAAAGUAGUGAGGGGUGAGCCAGAGACUUGAUCAGAAACAUGCCGAGGUCAAAGCGAAGCAGGAGUCAAGAACAGGAAUUCACAGAGCACAAAGCCAGAUGCCAAAGUUGCUUCCAGCAACGGAAGGCCCUGCUCAAGGGUUGCCAAUAAUGAGGCACUGGGCUUGCUUGUAGAGUCAGAAUCUUACUGCUUGCUAGUGAGGUGCUUACUUCGCCAGGUUGCAGGAUUGUCAGGCCAGGGAAGUUUGCCCUGCUUCUUGGCACCCAUGUUAGCUAAAGAACGAUCAGUGCUGGCUGAGGAGGGGCCUGAGAGGGUAUCAGUGUUGGAUUCAGUGGCUGUUGAAUCCCUUGGUACAGCACCCAGUGGGACCUGAUCCACCCGCAUCUUGGAGCCUGGCUCUGAGGCCAUGACAAUCGUUUUCCUCAUUUAGUAAUCUCCUUUUGGAAGCUGUAAGACACAAUUUUAGAGCUCUCUGUUUGAUAGAGAUGAAAGGAUGCAUUUCAUAGGGACACAAGCAAACUUUAAUUUCUUCUCUUUCCUACAGUCUCCUGCCCACUCUGAAAAUCUGCUCCAAAAGGGUCCCAAUCCCUCAUGUUCCAUUGGAGAUGGUCUAACUGAAUACAAGCCAAACUGCACAGCUAUUCAUUGAAUGGCUUAGAGAAAGUGUAUGUUUUUAAAGUACUGCAUCUACUAUACCUGAUUCACUGCAUGCUGUUUGUUUGCUUCUUCAUUUAAUCUUACAAUUGAAUCUGAAAGCUUGCAGUGCCAAAAUACAGGUCUCAUGACCAAGAAGCGGACUUCUGGUUGAUUACAUCCCAGCUUGUCUACCAACAUAUAUCCCUUGACUGGUGAAAGAUAAAUAGCAGCCUUUUAUGAAAGCUCAUAGUGUAAUGGAGAUAUAUUCUCAUAUUGGCCAUGUGAGUGUGAUUUCUUUAUGAAAACAUUCCAUACUGUUAAACCGUUCAUCUAGUUAGUACUUACACCAAUACUUAUCAUGCAAUUUUAUUCCCCCUUGAAAAAUACUACUGCAGAAUAUAAACUUUUCUGUAGACAUUGCUGGUUAGCUACCUAACCCAAACUGAAAUUCAUGGAAGAUAUGAUUUUGUAAAUAAGCUUGUGCUAAUCUGAGAAAAAUGCACUUGAUUACUAUCAAGAAACAACAAAUCUGUAGCCUUAGACAGUCUUACACUGUUCUGUUUGAUAAAUCAGCCAGGUAUGUGCCAAAGAACACUGAAAAGAAAAUAUACAAAUAUCAUGUUUUGACAAAUUGCACCUUAAUUGUGUGAGAGGCAUAAUACUGUAUGUAUUUAAAUACAAUAUGCUAUAAAUGAAAUGUGCAAAGUGUAAACAUGUUUGUACAAAUAAAGGAGUGUACAGUGUAAAUCUUGUGCAAAAUUAUUUUUUCAAAAAUAUUUGUACAGCUUUGCUAUUGCUAGAGGAAAAAUGUUCUUAAAUUAAUGGUAUUUUGCCUUUUCCUUGCACCCUUCAGUACUAUACAUGUCCCCUUUCUUUGAUUUCAAUAAAUAGUUCUGGUCAUCCA